AGUUAACAUUUACCUUUUGGGUUUAAAAAAUAGAGUUUUAAAAGUGUUUUAAAUAGCAAGUGCCGCAGGCUUAAAGUUUGACAAGAUCUUGUUAAGAAGUUUUCUUGGUUCUUAUAUUGAAAGUAGAAAAGUGGAAUACUACAAACAACAACAACAAAAACCAAACAACGCGCAGAUAUUUGCCAACAUUUGAACAGCUAUAAUUUUUGAGUUGAAAACCUAAUUGUGGUUGUGUUUUGAAAUCCAUUUAAAGUAUUAUGAUAAAUGUUUGGUUUUCAAAGUAAUUGAAACCCCCAUUUUACACGACAUUGACUUCAAUUUGUUUAACAAAGUAAAGGAAAAUUAAAAAAACAACAAUAUUGAGCAAAUUAGUAAGCAUCCAUAAGGAAUAUUAAAUAAAUAAACCAGCAGCUUAAGAAAGUUGGCUGAAAACCGAAAACAAAUGUUUUGCUUAAGAAUGGAGUUAAUAAACUAAAAAAACACCCCUUUGCUUUACAAAAACAAAGGGGGGUUUGUUUCUACAACCCACAACAACAACAAAUAAAAGUGAAUCAUCCUCAUCAACACCCCAAUUAAACAAAAAUUUGAAAUUCCAAGCAGAAAAAAACCAAAACCACCACCAGUUAACCCAUACUUUUUCACCUUCAGGGUUUUAUGGUUUAUUAACAUCAAAACAAAUUACAACAGCAAUAGUACGAAAAAAACUGUUGUUAAUUUUUAAAAUUAAAAUAAUUACGGGAAAUUUUUGUGAAACACUUUUAAUAAUAACAACACCCAACAACAAUAAAAAAUGUUUAAAUUACAAGCUCUAUUUAGUUUAAAUAAAAUCACAAGCAAACGUGGUAAACAACAUAGAAGCAGCAACAUCAUGCCAACCACAAAAACAACAACAACAUCACCAUCACCAACCACAGUAGCAACAUCAGCAGCAGCAGCCAACAAAGUCUGCAAUGUAUCAUUAUUAUUGCUAAUUUCUAUGGCUUAUUUAAUAUGCCCCAUCAUAGCAUGGAUGCCUGAUGUUAGACCAGAUUUACAAUCUAAACAAGAUAAAAUUUUAGCCAAAUUCUUUGGCAAUACUACAGACUAUUUCAAAGUAUUGGAUCAUGAUGAUACAACGAUUUUAGUUGGCGCUAGAAAUGUUAUCUAUAAUAUAAGUUUAAAUGGUUUACGUGAAAAUAGUCGCAUCGAAUGGUACUCAUCAGAUGCUGAUCGUGAAUUGUGUGCCCUAAAGGGUAAACGUGAAUCAGAUUGUCAUAAUUAUAUCAGAGUAUUUGCACGUCUUAAAGAGGGACAAAUACUAUUGUGUGGCACUAAUUCAUAUAAACCUCGUUGUCGUCAUUAUGCUCCCAUUUUUGAUGAAAAUCAAACUACUACCUCCCAACCCACAUAUGAAAUUGUACGUGAUGUUGAGGCCCAGGGUCUGUGCCCCUAUAGUCCUAUGCAUAAUAGUACCUAUGCUUAUGCUGAUGAUCAAUUAUAUAGUGCUACUGUGGCGGAUUUUUCCGGUGGUGAUCCUUUGAUUUAUAGAGAAAAUCUACGUACCGAACAAUAUGAUUUGAAACAAUUGAAUCAGCCUGACUUUGUGGGUGCUAUAGAACGUAAUGGUUUUAUAAUGUUCUUUUUCCGUGAAAUAGCUAUGGAAUUUAUGAAUUUGGGAAAGACUGUUUACUCGCGUGUGGGCAGAGUUUGCAAAAAUGAUAGAGGUGGUCCUUAUACCUUAAGCAAAAGUUGGACUUCAUUUUUAAAGGCCAGAUUAAAUUGUUCGGUGCCCGGAGAAUAUCCAUUUUAUUUUAAUGAAAUACAGGCCAUUUCGCCCGUUAUUGAAAGUGGAUCGAAUCCUUUAGUUUAUGCCGUCUUUACCACUUCCGUCAAUGCCAUACCUGGAUCAGCAGUCUGUGCUUUUAACAUUGACGAUAUAAUGGAAGCUUUCCAAGGACGUUUUAAAUCCCAGAAAGACAGUCAAUCCCAGUGGUUACCCAUACAAGAAGAACAAAUUCCCGAACCCAGACCAGGACAAUGUGUUGAAGAUUCUCGUACGCUCUCCUCGAUAGCAGUAAAUUUUGUUAAAAAUCAUCCACUUAUGGAAAUGGCAGUGCCAGCUGUGUACUCACGACCCCUCUUAACUAAAGUCAAUUUACAUCAUCGUCUCACCACCAUAGCCAUAGAUCCUCAGGUGCAUGCUUUAAAUGGUGAUUAUCACGAUGUCAUUUAUACCGGUACAGAUGAUGGCAAAGUUACUAAAUUCAUUAAUAUACCCACCGCCUCGAAUGGCGGCACUUCAGCCAGUAUUGAUAAUUUAAAAACUGUAUUAAUCUCAGAACUACAAGUAUUACCUGUGGGUACACCAGUACGUGAAUUAGUAGUAUCCUCUAGCACGAACACUUUAUUGGUGGUAAGUGAUGGCAGUUUGGUCACAGUACCGCUACAUCAUUGUGCUCACGUUGUUGAUUGCGCCAGUUGUUUGGGUCUACAAGAUCCUAACUGUGCUUGGGAUCAACAGACACAUGAAUGUAAAAGUCUUUCCACAUCGAAUCAUAAAUUUGGUACAAAAACAUUCCUACAAUCCCUGAAUACCACCAAAAAAGUAGCCAAGAAUUUAUGUCCUAAAUCCUCUACACGUGGUACUGUCGUAGCCGAGGGUCCCGUCAUUAAUUUAGGUGCUGUUACUGAUAACAAUUUGGACUCACAAGUCAAUACUCAAAUUCAUAUUGAAGAAGAUUUAACGAAAAAACAUGUGUACAACAAUAUGGGUUCUAUUGGUGGCAUUUCAAAUCCUAUUGUUCCCGAUAUUAGCGCUCCCGAAUUGGAUAUGCCCACCGCAAUGGGUGGAGAUUUCCUUUCGAAUUCAUUUAAUGAUGACAAUAAGAUUACUUUACAUUCUGUAGAUCCUUAUGAUUUAAUGAAUUCUGUUAAUGGUCCUUUACAGGCCACCGCUGCUGGGGAUGAACAAAAGUUACAAUUGGCUGGUAAAAGUUUUUAUUGGGGUUUUGGUGUUUUAGCUUUGGCCUUAGUAUUCAUUAUAGGCGUUGGAGUGGGUCAUCAUUAUUCGAAACGUAAUUGCAAGACUCCAUCCAUACAUAGUCCACAUCGUAAUCAAUUUAAUCAAAAUCCCACCUUUGGCCUUAAACAUGGUAAAGAUAUUAAUCUUCUAAUGAACACCAAUCACUAUUGUCAUCCGGGCAAGCCCAGCUUAGACUUAGAAAAGGAUCGCAGUCAUGAAUGUAAAAACUCCACAGAGAAUCUAGAAAAAGAAUUACCCUGCAAAACAUCAACAUUAACAAAAGUUAAACGCACAUAUAUAUGAUUAAACUCAUGCAUGCUGGCAUCUACGUUAAAAUACUCUGGAUUUUAAACUCGAACAAGAAAAUCACAAAGGGUAACAGAUAAAAA